GCCAUCCCCAGACUUCCUGAGGGAGUGUCCUCUCAGAGAGGCAGAGCCAGAGGCCAGAGGAUCCCAGGACAGGACAGUCCCCUGAGCCCCAAGAUGCUGUUCCUGGCCCUGCUGCUGCUUCAGUUGGGGACGGGGUCCCUGCAGAAGAAUCAGUCUUUCUGGCUGCAGAUGCAGAAGGCGGUGACAGUACAGGAGGGUCUGUGUGUGCUUGUGUCCUGCUCCUUCUCCUACCCCAAGGCUGGCUGGAAGCACUCCACACCUACCUACGGCUCCUGGUACAAGACACAGAAGAAUUUCAAACCUGAUGCAAAAGACAAUGAUCUCGUGGCCACAAACAACCCAGACAAGAAAGCAAAAGUGAAGAACAAACUUCAUUUCCGCCUCCUCGGAGACCCCCAAUCUAACAACUGCUCCUUGAGCAUCUCCGAGGUCCAGAAGGACGACAGCGGAACAUACUAUUUUCAUCUAGAGCAAGGAGAUGAGAAUCACAGUUACAAGAAAUUGCUCACCCUGACUGUCACAGAGUUGACCCAAACCCCAGACAUCCACAUCCAGGAGCCCCUACAGUCGGGCCACCUUAGCCAUGUGACAUGCUCCAUGCCUGGGGCCUGUGACUGGCCCACGGCCCCCCGUAUCACCUGGGCUGGGGCUGCCCUGAGAGCAGCGGGGUCAGGCCUGGAGCCCUCCACCUCGGAGAUCCUGCUCACGCCCCACCCCGAAGACCAUGGCACCCACCUCUCCUGCCGAGUGACCUUCCCCAGGGCCGGCGUGUCUUCAAACAGAACUGUGCAGCUCAGCGUGUCCUAUGCUCCUCAGAACCUGACCAUCAGCAUCUCUGGAGAAGGUGACCCAGCCCCAGUGGCCCAGGGAAAAUUCUCACAUCUGGAAGUCCAGAAAGGCCAGUUCCUGCGGCUCCUCUGUGCUGCUGACAGCCAUCCCCCGGCCACUCUGAGCUGGGUCCUGGAGGACAGAGUCCUCUCCUGGUCCUGCCCCUUGGGCCCCAGAACCCUGGAGCUGCAGCUGCCCGUGGUGAAGCCUGGAGAUUCGGGGCUCUACACCUGCCGAGCAGAGAACAGGCUGGGCUCCCAACAGGGCACCCUGGACCUCUCUGUGCAGUAUCCUCCAGAGGACCUGAGGGUGACGGUUUCCCAAGAAAAUAGGACAGUCACAGAAGUCAUCAGGAAUGGCACGUCCUUCCCAGUCCUGGAGGGCCAAAGCCUGCGCCUGGUCUGUGUCACCCCCAGCAACCCCCCAGCCAGGCUGAGCUGGACCUGGGGGACGCAGACCCUGAGCCCUGAGUGGCUUUCCGACGCUGGGGUCCUGGAGCUGCCCCGGGUGCAGACAGAGCAUGGAGGAGAGUUCACCUGCCAUGCCCGCAGCCCCCUGGGCUCCCAGAACCUCUCCCUGAGCCUCUCUGUGCACUACCCCCCACGGCUGCUGGGACCCUCCUGCUCCUGGGAGGCCCAGGCUCUGCUCUGCAGCUGCUCCUCCCGCGCCUGGCCGGCCCCCCUGCACUGGCGGCUGGGGGAGGGGCUGCUGGAGGGGAACAGCAGCAAUGCCUCCCUCGGGGUCACCUCCAGCUCCGCGGGGCCCUGGGCCAACAGCUCCCUGAGCCUCCACGGGGCGCUCAGCUCCGACCUCAGGCUGAGCUGUGAGGCCCAGAACGCCCAGGGCACCCAGAGCGCCACCGUCCUGCUGCUGCCAGGGAAGCCAGAGCUCAGGGGAGUCCUGCUGGGGACACUGGGGGCUGCUGGUGGGGCCGCUCUACUCUCCCUCUGUGCCUGCCUCGUCUUCUGGUUAAAGACUCGCAGGAAGAAAGCUGCCAGCCCAACAGGAACUGCACAACAGGACACCCCCGUUGACCUGGGCCCUGUCUGUGGGGGUCCCAAGGAUGCAUCCUGGUUGGACAGCCCCUCAUAUGGUCCCACCCCCACUGAGGCCACGCUGGCCAUGGGAGAGGAGCCAGAGCCCCAGGAGCUGCACUACGCCUCCCUCAGCUUCCUGGAGUUUGAGCCUCGAGAGCCCAAGGUGCAGGAGGCCAGCAGCAGGACAGAAUACUCAGAGAUCAAGAUCUGCAAUGGUGGCCUCCAGGAGCAGCCGGAUGUCCCGGGGAGAGAGACACCAGGGACAAUUCCUAGAUCAGCAGUUCUCCAGGUGCACAGGAAGUGGAGCAGCACAGAGGAUGCCCCGCCCUGGUGCUGGGCGGAACAGGAGCCCCAGUUUCAGUCUCAUCACCCAACUUUGUGAGGAACCCAACUUUGAGCAAAUGACUUCACUCCUCACCUUGCUCCUCUGCAAAAUAGACCCCAUCAACCUAACUCACAGGACUGUCCUGGGCCAUCAAGAACAAACUGCCUCAAGGGGCUAGGGCUAUAGCUCAGUGGCUGAGCACUCGCUCACAUGCCUGAGGCACUGGGUUCGAUCCUCAGCACCACAUACGAAAAUAAAUAAAUAAAACAACGAUAUUUAAAAAAAAAAAAGAAGAAGAAGAAAGAAAUGCCUCAAGCCCCCAAGGGACUGUGUCUGCUGAGAGGCCGUCGCCCAGAACCCCCUCCCAGGGCAGCGCGCUAGUGUGGAACCCACUGGGUCUGUCACCCUGGCCCAAUUGGGGUGCACCCUGCAGGAUGCCCUGCUUCUCAGUGCUCCAGAGCUCCGUUGGGCUGUCCCUGGGGUGUAGUAAUCUCCUGCUCACCUGCUUCUCCCUUCUGGCCUCCAGGCAUGUGAACUGCUAGGGGGACACCUUGUCCCUCCUUACCCCUCACGCCCAUCUCCACAGCUGCUUCCUGCAGCCCCACCUCUCCUUGGCACAGUCACUCCUGUUCAUCUGGAAUAAAUUGCAAGUGUGUAAACCGCUCA